UUGAACUCAGGCAUUCUAUCUUCUCGACACGGUUUUUUUUCUUGCAGCAAGGAAAAAAAGAUCUGAAUUUCGAUGGCAUAGGAGAAAGUUUGAAGCUCAACAAUGGCAUUGGAGUUCAAUGAUUUUGGGCGUCCGUUAAUUAUACUGAUGAGGAGGAUCAAAAGACUGGUGAUAGAGGCAUUGAUGCCCAGAAAGCCACUAUUUUUUUCUGGCAAAGCGGUUGUGUGGUUCCUGUGUUCCUCUCCCCCACCAAAAAGAAUGGCCAAGAUGCUUCUAGGACCUAACGGAGACGUCAAUAUCAAGAAUGGUAAAGAAGAUCACUCUAAUCGUACUCGGAGCAAGCAGCAAACUGAAGUUUAUACCAAAUGUUACUGAAAUUUACCUAAAGUGGAGCUUUGCACAGUGGUUGUGGUGUCUAGAAUCAGAUUUGACCAAACAGAUUUCCGGUGAUGAACUGCGAAGGCGUGAUGGAGUGACCGAGAUUCCGAUAAAGUGCUUUGUGGAGACGAAUCAUUUUCGUCUCAUCUCUAGAGCUUCCAUAUACCUACACUUGUUGUAUUUUCACUUGUACUUAUAUUUAUUGGCAUUUAGAAUGUAUUGGGCUUAGAUUAUCAUUUGUAAUGGACUUUUAGCCUUAGCAACAAAUUAUUAGAUUAAAAGGCAUAUAAAAAAUCGAUGUUGAUGUG